AGUAUAUUAUCUUUAACCGUGUUUACUGUUUACUUCUUUAGCGUUGACGCGCCGGGAGCCAACGUGAUUGGUCAUUCUUCACAUAAUAGUAUAAUACAUACUACUUCAGUGUUCACAAACAGUUCGUAUAUUAUUAUAAAUCUUUGACUGGAAUUCGGAUUAAAAAUAAUGAGUUAAUUUACCUAACGUUACAUAACUUAAUAAAUAGUAUUAUUUAGCUAAUACCUAACAGUGUACAACUACUACUAUGUCGCGGAAAAAUACGUCGCAACGAGUCAGUGGCCGUAAAAAAAGGAAACCACACCAUGACGAUUCGGAUGAAAUAUCAUUGACCCGUCAUCUAGAUUUGUUUGCGAAGUCUUGUUUGGAAAACAAAACACCAAAUGAAGGUUACAGAGAUCUAUUUGGUGAGCUUAUACCGCCUGAUGUUGUCAGUAAUGAAGAGGCUAAAAACAAAUCGAUUAAGAAAACGCAAAAAAAAAAGAAACAACCACGUGAAGAUGAUAUCGUAACGAAACCUAAAAGAGUGUUUAUUGUUACCCCAAAGUUCAUGAAAUGUAUGAUGGAGGCACAAAAAGAAUUGUAUUCCUUGAUGGGUGUUAGCACGAGUUCAAGUAAGGUAUCAGUUGUAUCAACUGACAGCCUUAACGUCAGUGGAGUACAACACCUACAAGACAAUCCUCAAAUAAGUAAAAGUAAUGAAUCCAAAAUAAAUUCAAAGAAUAAUGAUAAUGAAAAGAAGAAUCAACAUCUUCUUGAAGGAUUUUUUGUUUUUGUUGAUUAUAAAAUCGACAAUGAACGCUCUGCUUCUAGCAUUAAGGAACGUCUCAUUAGUAUGGGUGCUAAAGUCGAAAAAACAUUCAAUCGAAAAGUUACGCAUGUUAUGUUCUGUGAUGGCUAUCGUAGUACAUAUAAUAAAGCAGUUGAACGUAACAUCCCACUGCUUUCAGCAAGGUGGAUGGAAUAUAGCUAUUCAGCUAAUAAGAUGCUGGAUCUAGCUGACUAUCCGCCUGUAGGUAUGGAAAAAUACACAAAACCACCGCCACCAAGGAAUAUUAUUAUUCCAAAACGCUCAAAAUAUAAAAAAAAAGUACCAGAUAAUGUCAAACGUGAAAUUCUAUUUAAAUCACACUGUGAUAAACUUAUGAGACAAUUUAACCGCAGGAUGAAGAGUUGUAGUAAGAAAAAAAAAAAAGGUCCUAUCAUUGAAACCCCUCAAAAAAAUACUGCGCUCGAACAACAUAAGUUUUACAAUUCAAUUGAUGUUGUUCAAAUAUUAUCAACUCAAUUACGUAAAGAGUUAAACAGUGAUGUUAUUCCUGAACCAGAUGAACAAGUUGAUGGAUCAGAUGUACCAAUGUCAAUUAGAAUAAUAAGAAAACAUCUCACACCUGAUGUAAAGGAGAAGACAAUUUCUAAAGAAGUCCACAGUGAAAUAUCUAAAAUUGAAGAUCGACUAAAUUUAAAUUUUGAAGCUAGAAAAAAAUUUCGUAAGCUAUUAUUUCCUUGUGAUAAGGAUUUAAAUAACAUUGAAGUCGGUGAUUUUCCAACUCAAACCAAAGACAGUGAUUCUAGAAUAAUGUCCCUAAAUUCUAUGAAUUCUAUGAUCCAGACUCCAACAUUAUCUUUAGCAGAUAAUGACAUAGUGUUACAAUCAAUCGCCUAUACAGGGAUGAUAAAAAGUGAAGCAAAAAUUUUAAAGGCAUCUAUACAAAACUUAGGAAAAUUUAUUUUUCAUACUAAAGUGAAACCUACAACCACUUAUUUAAUUACCAAAUCACAAUUUAAUCAAUCAUUAGAUAUUGUAUUUGCAAUGGCUUAUGGCUGUAUCAUUGUCUCUGAAGAUUGGGUACACAAAUCAUUCUCAAUUGGAAAAUGGCUAUCUCAUCAACAGUAUUUGAUUUCAGAUUUGUCUGAACCUGUCAAAGAUUUUCAAAUACGUCGUAAUACAAUAUUUGGUUCAGCGUUGAAAUUUAAUAUAUUUGAUAACGCUGGUAGGAUAUACAUAUCAGAUAGCUGUGAAUCACCAGCCAAACUCUUAAGACGAUUGGUGCAUGCUUGUGGUGGCCAUUGUACAAGUACUGAAUCUAUUGCAAAUGUAGUGGUUGGUUAUACACUACAAAUGAACAAUAAUAUUCAUGAAAAAUGGAUUUUAGACUGCAUAACCCAAGGGAAAUUGCUAAAUAAAUGUCAGUAUAACUUAGUUAAUUCUAAUGAAUAAUGAUAAUGUGAUCUAAAAUAAUUUUCUUGUAAACCUAUGUGUACGCAUAAAAUGAUUUCCUUUAAACAAUUUUUAGUGUAAACUAAUUUUUUUUCUUUCUAUAUUACAUUAAAACAUAUAAUAUAAAUAUAACAAAUAUACCAAUAUAUUAAUAUAAUUAUA